GUUGAUUUGUUUUAUACUUUGAUACUCCCUGCUCCUGUGUUGUGUAGUGAUUGUGCAGUACUGUCCUGGUUCCUGAUUAUAGCUUGUAGAUUACACAAUAAGUAUUAAAUAACAAUUGUCCUCCCAUACUUUCUGCCAAACUAUACUUCUGGUGAAUUUAUUUCUGCUUUAUUUCUUUUUGUACUGUAAGCACAUCAAACAGCUGCUUCUCCCAGCAGAAACUCAGGAGGACUGACUUUUCCUCUGUUCUUCUUCCCUUCAGUCCAUCCAGAUUUCUCCUUAGACCUGGGGAGAGAUGUUCAGUGCCUGCGCAGUUGUGUAACAGGCUGUUGCUUUUGUGCCCUGAGCAAAUAAUGAUGUAUCCUAAAUGCUUAUAAAAACUUUAGCACCAGCUUCAUUCAUUUUAAUAGACCAAUAAAAGCAAGCAGAGUGUGUGCUGCUGGCUCCAGUACUUCUGCAUAAGCCAUUAGCAAAACAACAUUACUGGCUCUACACAAAGAAAAACAGAGACGACAAAAAUGAGAAUUGGCUCCAAGAAUAAGUUGACCAAGUGCCAGUGAAUGCAGAGACCUGCUCUUAUGCAUGCUGGCUGCUGCGAGCUCUUUGUUUGCGGCUGAGAAGUCAGCGCCUAUAAUUUGUUUUAUAUUCUGUUCUUUUCUUUGUCUUCUGUAAGUAUCCUUUGCAAUGUUACCAGCAAAGCUGGCAACUUCCCAGGAGCCUGUGGAGCUUUUCCAGUUAACUUGUAUGCACAGAGACCUGGUAGAUUUUGCAUUUUAUACAUGAAAGGAGUUGGUCUGGCCCCUGCUUUCGCUCUGCCCCUGUGCAGAGUUAUACCCACAUGACAGGUACAGUGGCUUGUCUUUGAAGGUUAUGCAUAUCCCCAUCAGACAUCCAAUUACCUUGCUGAUGAUGUGGAAGUAGGAAAAGAAAUGUACCUAUCACGUGGCACCCAGCCCUCAGUACAGGGCAAUAGCAAAAAUAGUCCUGGAUGUGCACCAUUUAUGUAAGGUUUGCUAAGUGUGCCUGUACAAUUGAUAUAUUGUGUAUUUCAAAGUAUACAGAGACUGUAAAACUACCAAUUAACCCUCAUUAUAAUGUAAACCAAUACCAUCUGCUUUAAGAAGCAAAAGCACUACAGAUGUGUUGGUACUUCCAGAUUCCAAGUUCAGACAUGCUGCCUGUCACAGUAGCUGUACCUGGGUGCUUUCCUACAAAUCCUAAAACUCCUAUCAGGGAGGUCUAUCCUUAAAUUUAUAUUAAUCUGUGUGCCACUUAUGUUUAGCAGUGUCUCUUCUUUAGCAAAAAUCUUAGGGUUCACAAUGUGUCAUCCUGGUUCCUUGUGCUCUCUCUCUGCUUCUUUUACUUACUUUUGUAGUUGUGGUCUUUUGAAGAACGCUCAUCCUUUUGUUUCCCAUAUCCUGAUGUGUUCUGUGGUUUAAAGGUGUUUCUAGCCUAUGAAGAAUGCCAUUACUAUGCUAGUUUGAUUUUUAUUUUAUUUUACUUGAUUAUUUUUUUUUGAAGAGGCAGGAUUAUCUUUUUUUUUUUUUUUUUUUUGUAGUGCUCUUAUGAAAUAGGACAAGAAUUUCAUAGAAUCAUAGAAUGGACUGGAUUGAAAAGGACCACAGUGAUCAUCGAGUUUCAACCCCCCUGCUAUGUGCAGGGUCGCCAACCACUAGACCAGGCUGCCCAGAACCACAUCCAGCCUGGCCUUGAAUGCCUCCAGGGAUGGGGACCCUCCCCUCACAACCUCCCUCACAACCUCCUUGGGCAACCUGUUCCAGUGUGUCACCACCUUCUGGGUGAAAAACUUCCUCCUAAUAUCCAACCUAAACCUCACCUGUCCCAGUCUAAAACCAUUCCCCCUUGUCCUGUCACUAUCCACCCUUGUAAACAACGGUUCCCCCUCCUGUUUAUAUGCUCCCUUCAAGUACUGGAAGGCUACAAUGAGGUCUCCCUAGAGCCUUCUCUUCUCCAAGCUAAACAAGCCCAGUUCCUUCAACCUUUCCUCAUAGGAGAGCUGCUCCAGCCCUCUGAUCAUCUUAGUGGCCCUCCUCUGGACCCGUUCCAAGAGCUCCACAUCCUUCCUGUACUGGGGACCCCAGGCCUGGACGCAGUACUCCAGAUGGGGCCUCACAAGAGCUGAGUAGAGGGGCACAACCACCUCCCUCUCCCUGCUGGCCACUCCUUUUUUAAUGCAGCCCAGAACACAGUUGGCCUUCCAGGCUGCAAGGGCACAGUGAUGGCUUAUGUCCAGCUUCUUAUCUACCAGGACCAUCAAGUCCUUCUCCGCAGGGCUGCUCUCAAGGAGAUCAUCCCCCAGUUUGCAUAAAUACCUGGGAUUGCCCCGACAAAAGUGCAACACCUUGCACUUGUCCCAUUUCCAGACAAUCAUCCUUAGACUCUUGUGCAUUGUAGAGCUGUUACUUUCAGUAAUCUUUGCCAUUUAGUUGUCAGUCUCACAUUAAUCCCACAAACUUGAGUAAGUAUUUCAUUUUUUGAUUUUAAGAGUUUUUUCUGAUGAUGCUUCCUUACCUUUCUUUUAAUUUGAAUGAGAAUGCAGAAUUGCGUUGUGCCAUGAUAAAACAGCUGUAUGGUGCAGUGGUAUGUGUUUUCUUUUUUUCUCCUACUAGUGGAAGGAGAACAUAGUAGGCCCUUCACUUAGCUGGGUGAUAACAUAGUUGCAAUCCUUGAAGCUUCACUGAACGCAAUUGGCUGGACUGGGAUUUAAAUGUGAAGAGCUUACUCCAGCAGAAAGUGUGCUGUGGGUACCACUGAUGGCAUAUGGGCCAAUUCAGAUGGAUGCAGAAGCUGUGCAUGUGCAUGUGCAGGAUCUCUUCAUGUCUCUAUAAUGCUCGAUCUGCCAUUAGAGCUUCCUUUGUAAGGCCAGCUCUACCAGGAGAGUUUAAUCUUCCCAAGCUUUUAUGUGUGUGCAAGUGCUGCAGAGUCAGUGGAUGUAGAAAUAGGAACACAAAGCAAGUCCUUGUAUAGAGGAUCUCUUGGCACUUUUUGUCUUGACAUCCUGACAUCCAAGUUGGAUACUUCAUGUUGCUACAUGUACAGAGGCCAAAAAGCACUGCUGGUACUUUGAAGGGUUAUAUCCUACGUAUUAUAUAUGUCGCUCCUAUGAGGACUGCUGUGGAUCAAGAUGCUGUGUUCCUUUUGAUGAUGGGAGUUUUGUUUUGCUGUGGAGCUGGUUUCUUUAUCCGAAGACGGAUGUACCCUCCCCCACUUGUAGAAGAACCUACUUUUAAUGUGUCUUACACCAGACAACCAGUCAACACUGCAUCAGGGUCACAACAACCUGGAGUGCCAUACUACACAGACCCAGGCGGACCUGUGAUGAAUCCCAUGGCAAUGGCUUUCCAUGUCCAGCCCAAUUCCCCACAAGGAAACCCAGUUUACCCUCCUCCACCCUCCUACUGCAACACACCGCCUCCUCCGUAUGAGCAGGUGGUGAAAUCCUCCACAUGAGGACUCUGUGGCUCUCUGACCUGACUCUGGGAGAAGAUGCCACUGCAAAACAACCAGGAUGGUGGGCGUCUGUCCCUUUGAACACUUGCUAGCUUUCCAUGUCCUCACUCCUUCCCUACCGUACACCUUUCUUCAUUAAAUUUACUUGCAAAGGGGUGAUUUUUUUUUUCUUUUUUUGCAGUAGAAGUGGAUUUUUUCUUUGUCUUUAAAAUGAAAGAAGUUGUCUUUGUAAUGCUUUUAAUGGAAAUCUAUAUUUAAAACCA